AGUUUGCCACCAGAUUGUGACGCGGAGCAAUAUUCAGACAGUACCAUUAUGAAUACGAGUGGGAAUUUGAUUUUUUAAAAAGGUGCCAAUCCAUAAGCUUUAGAAGAAUCAAUGACGGUAUUUGUAACAACGCAUCCUUUAAAAAAUUAUAGUGUGAAGCUACUUUGUGAUUUCUAAUGGAAUGAUGCUGAGUUGAGAUGUUGGAUGGACUCCCUUUCCCCUUCUCUCUGUAUAGACUUUAGUAUAUUCCGGAAUGGCGGCUGCUUCCCUGAAGCUGUUGCCGGUGGAAAGCGGCUCCCGGAGCCUCCGCGGGGCCAGUGGCUGCUCCGUCAAGGUUCUAGAAUGUGGAGUUUGUGAAGACGUAUUCUCUCUGCAGGGAGACAAAGUACCUCGCUUGCUCCUUUGUGGUCACACUGUCUGCCAUGAUUGUCUCACCCGCCUUCCACUACAGGGGAGAGCCAUACGUUGUCCAUUUGACCGACAGGUGACUGAAUUAGGUGAUUCGGGUGUCUGGGGCUUAAAGAAAAAUUUCGCUUUACUGGAGCUCCUAGAACGUUUGCAGAAUGGCACUGCCAAUCACCAUGGAGCAUCUGAAGAGGUUCUGGGAAUAUCAGGAGAGCGUAUUAUCCGCUGUGAUGAAGACGAAAACCACGUUGCAUCCAUGUAUUGUACCGUGUGCGCAACCCACCUUUGUGCAGACUGCUCCCAGCAAACACACUCUACACGGACUUUGGCCAAACAUCGACGAGUACCUCUGGCUGACAAACCACAUGAGAAGACUAUGUGCUCUCAACACCAGGUGCAUGUGCUUGAGUUUGUUUGUUUAGAGGAAGGAUGUCAAUCAAGUCCCCUCAUGUGUUGUGUAUGCAAGGAAUAUGCAAAGCAUCAAGGACACAAGAAUAUACUCUUAGAAACUGAAGCAAAUCAAAUCCGUGCAUCUAUUUUAGAUAUGGCGCACUGUAUCCGUACUUUUACAGAGGAAAUCUCGGACUAUUCUAGAAAACUAGGUGGGAUUAUUCAGAAGAUUGAAGGAGGAGAACAAAUAAUUGAAAGCAGAAUUGGAAUGGCUCACACAGAUCAUGUUCCGGGCAGUGCUGAAAAUGCACGUUCCUGUGUUCGUGCCUAUUUCGCAGAAUUGCAUGAAACUCUCUUUCGGCAGGAGGAAAUGGCAUUAAGCGUAGUUGAUGCUCAUGUGCGGGAGAAAUUGAUAUGGCUGAGGCAACAACAAGAAGACAUGACAAUUCUGCUGUCUCAGGUUUCAACAGCUUGUCUCCACUGUGAAAAAACAUUACAACAGGAUGACUGUCGUGUGGUGAUGGCAAAACAGGAGAUAACUCGUUUGCUGGAAACGUUACAGAAGCAACAACAACAAUUCACAGAACUCUCUGAUCACAUUCAGUUGGAUGCUAGUAUCCCUGUUACCUUCACAAAGGAUAACCGUGUUCAUAUUGGGCCCAAGAUGGAGAUACGUGUAGUCACUAUAGGGCUGGAUGGAGCAGGCAAAACAACCAUUCUUUUCAAACUGAAGCAGGAUGAGUUUAUGCAACCUAUUCCUACUAUAGGUUUUAAUGUAGAAACUGUAGAAUACAAAAAUUUAAAAUUUACUAUUUGGGAUGUAGGAGGCAAGCAUAAACUGAGGCCACUUUGGAAACAUUAUUACCUUAACACACAAGCAGUUGUAUUCGUAAUUGAUAGCAGCAACCGGGACAGAUUGAUGGAAGCACACAGUGAAUUGGCCAAGUUGUUGGCUGAAAAAGAGUUAAGAGAUGCUUUACUCCUCAUCUUUGCCAAUAAACAGGAUGUGACUGGAGCACUUGCUGUAGAAGAAAUAACGGAAUUACUCAGUCUGCACAAGUUGUGCUGUGGUCGCAGCUGGCACAUUCAAGGCUGUGAUGCCCAGAGUGGAUUAGGAUUACAUGAAGGGUUGGACUGGCUCUCAAGACAGUUGGUGGCAGCGGGUGUGUUGGAUGUAGCCUAAUACUACUGCAACCAGAAGCUUUAUCAUUAGUUUUGCCUGUAAAUAACUGCUUUGCACGUCUCCCUAUGACAUCUUUGCCUUGUGUCGUAUUUGAAGACUAGUAGCUGAAUUUGGUUUAAGUGAGCAAGGACAUACAGUAAGUUUGUAAAACAGAUUUGAAAUGUAUUAAUGUAAUUGUGUUUCAUUUUGAGAAAAUAAGUUCAAUUAAAUUGUCUAUUUGUUGCAUUAGUUUGUUAUUGUGAAUAGUGUAGGUAAUCAUCUUGUUGUAGCUCUAAAUUAGUUCAAUGUGUUGCUACUUAAUACUUUUUCCUUAAUUUAGUUUUUUUACAGUGAUGCUGUUAAAGUUUUGAACUUAAACCAGGAUAUUAAUUUAACGCUAAACAAGUAAUCUCUUAUGGAGCAAAAUGUAUUCAUUUAACUAUGCACUAAACUAUGUCCAUUGAAGAUGGGUGUGUAUUGUGCUUUAACCGCACAUUCCUGAAAUCCUGAACUGUAAGACAGCUUUAUGGCUGUUGAAUGUCUGCUAAUUAUUGUUGAGUACUUCCAUGUGCCUCACUCUUAGCAGCCCAAAUGCUUGUUAGCUCAGUAAUAAGCUUACCUUAAUAUUACAGAAAUUCAUUGUUCGAAAGCAAAUGGGUAAGCACUACUUAUUCAAAGUACUCUUCAGUUUAUAUACUCCAAAUAUCAGUCCGUUUAUAUUGUGUUGUGAUUCACAAAGUCAGACCUCUCCUUGCCCAACUCAGUCUCAUGGCAGCUCCAUAGAAAAUAAGACCAUGUCUUUAAAUCUUUGGGAGCCAGAGCAAAGUACUCAGCAGUAUCAAGUGGAGUAUUUUUGAAUAAAUAGCACUUCCAAGCAUUUCUUUAAAUAUACAUCCCAUUAACAUGCACAAUGUUACAUUUUACUAUUUAAACACAUUUUUGUCUAAGCUGAAUUAAAGAAUAUACUAAAUUCUUAGAGUACAGCAUUGUUCCUGACUUGUGUUUUACCUAUCUGGUAGAGUUGCAGACAAGUCAUUUUCCUUUCAUCCUUCUCAAUAGAAGGUAAUCAAAAACAGUUGUGCAACUAGGAAUUGACAGCAUCCGCAGUGGAUAGCACUGUCAUCUCUGAGCCAGAAUGUUGUGGGUUCAAGCACGACUCCAGAGACAAGCACAUAAACUACUAAAAUUUGACAGCUGGAGGUGCCAAUCUAUGAAGAUGAUAUCUCAAGUUAGGUAGUUUAUGGGUUCUAGUCUGCAUUGCCUUAAACUCAUAGCUGGAUACGUAGGACUGACAGACAAAUUGAGUUUUUAUGCAGUUUAGGAGUGAGAACAAUAGUGACUUCAGACUAAUCUUUGUCAUCCCUGAAAAAUGGGCUUGCUUACACAAUAGUAGGUAUGUAACCCUUAGCCUGUGCCAAGAAAUGAAUAUACAUUGAAUAAAAGUACUUUCAAGGUCAAUAAAAUAUUCAGUUGUUCAAAGCAAAA